UCAUCUCGUCUUCCGCCGUGGUUUAACACUCCGCGCCUCAGGCGGCUCCUCCUCCUCCUGAUCGCGUCGUCCUCGUCACCGGCAGAGAGACGGCGGCGGCGAGGGCGAGGAGGGCUCCCCUGAUCCGCCUCCUCCUGGCGUGUCCGUGAACGGAUCGGGGACGCGGCGGCAAUGGCGGCGGAGGAGGCGGCGUGCGGCGGCGGAGUCGAGGUGCGGGAGGCGGAAUUGCCGGUGGAGGAGGCACCGGCCGCCUCGGAGGAGUCGAAGGAGACGGUGGAGGGCGUGGGCGAGGAGGUGAGUGGCCCCGUCGUGGCUGCGAACGGCGAUUCCGGCGAUCUCUCUGGGAAGGUCUCGAAUCUGGUGGCCAGGCCAGAUCCGGCUGUCAUUGGGGAGGAGGUGGUGGAGUCCAAUGCUGCAUUGGGUUGUGCCGGGACUGUUCAUGAGGGUGGUGUUGACGGCGGCCUUGACGCUGGGGCGGUGGACGAUGCUCCCAUAGCGAACGGGCAUGUGCAGCAUGAGGCGCCAGCUUGUGUGGUAGAGGAGGUUAAUGGUGAUCAGGCUGGUUUGGAGAUCGCUGAAUUGGUAGAACAGGAAGAACAGGAGGUGAAUGGUCAGGAGCUGGAGGGGAUGAUUGUUAGUACAGCUGAUGAACAUGAUGAUCACACCAAGAGGAGUACUGCCGCAGAAUCUAAGGUUCAUGUGGAGGAUGGUUUGACUAAAGCAGUGGCUGCUGAUGCAACUGAUUUGAUAAAGCAUGAGGCCAUCAAUGGAGAACAGGAUAAUGGACACAUGACCAAUGGGCAUGGUCAAAUUGAAGCAGAGGUCAAUUCUGUGAAACCAGUGGACCAGGAGGUCACUGGUAUAAUUCGGUAUGGUUUAAAUGGUUCUGUGAUCAAUGUGCAUGGCCACACUGAUGCAAGUGCUGAUGUUCAUGUGGCUGAUGCGGUUUUUGAAGUUAAGGGCAACAAGAGCAAAGGGAAAGACAUUUCAGUAAUUGAGGAGCUGGUUACAGCUACUGUAGAUCAUGACCAGGCAGAUAUUCCAAUGACUAAUGGACAUGAUCAGGUGGAGAGGGGUUCUGAUUCCGGUGAAGUUGAUACCAAGUCUGAGGUAUGUGGUGAGAAAAACGGAGAAUGUGCUACUGAUGCCACAGAACUUGUCAGGCAGGAUGCAGCCACCGGAGAACAGGGGACAGAAAAUGCAUAUGUGGUCAGUGCAUGUGAUCAUUCAAACACAAAUGCUAAUUCUGAUGAAACUCCUACGCAUAUUUUGUUUAGUUCCAACGAAAGCUGCAUGGUACAAAGUGUUGUAGAGUCCAUGGAAGUGCAUCAUGAAGAAACCCUUAAGGUUGUAGAUCAAUGCACGGAGGGGAUUGCAAAAUUAGCUAAGGUUGCCGGAGAAGAUAUCCUUACGAAUGGGUGUGAGAAUGUGCACAACAAGCAAGACACUUUGCAAGGCACAAUCACGUCUGGAGUUGAUAAGGCAGCAAAUGCUUAUGUUGUGGAGGAAAAUGAGGACACUUUCACUGACAGUACUGAGAAAAAAGAAAAACAUGAGAAGACAAACGAUACUCUAGAAGGUCAUGACAACUUCGAAGUUGCUGAAGUUGAGAAAGUGGAGUUCACUGCUGAAGUAGAAGCCCAUGACAACUUCACUGAGAAAGUGGAGACCAGGGACUUGGAAAAUUUCAGUGGUGAAGAGAAAGAGGAGACCAGGGAGCAUGCUAGUUUGAGGGAAGCAAGUUUAGUUUCUGAUCAACAACAAGACACUAAGGGAGAGCUUUCAGCUAUAAUUGUCAAUCAUGUAGCUGAUAACACUGAACUGAAGCAAGAGUCUGAUUCUGAUAUGGAGAUUUUUGAUGGUGCUAAGCUAUACUCUGCCACUGCUCCAGCAGUUAUUUCUGCUCUACAUGGUGAGACAAGGUCCCAAGAUUUGUCUGAGGUUCAUAAUUCAAUUCGUGCUUGCGAUAGGGGAACUUCAAGUGAUGCACUGACAGGACAUAACGAUUCUAAAGAAAAUUAUACUGCUUCUGUUGUUCAAGUUGAACAAGCUGGCCCUUCACCAGAUGAUGUCAAUUGCCCUGCAAAUGCAUUCACUGCAUCUUCUUGUAUGGCUAAAACAGAAUAUGUGCAAGUAACAGAUAUAGCUGACACAGAUAUAACUGGGAACGGCUGUGAGUUGCAAUUAGAAAUCAAUAUGGACAACGAAGACAGAAGAGAUUUACACGUUAUUAAACCGCAUUCACUAUAUCUAAUGCAAGUUCCAAGAUUUAUGAAGGAAUCUCACUGGGCAAAGAUACAGGAUGCCCAAAUUCAUCUGGACGAGUUAACACAAAAGCGAGAUGCAAUUAAUCUUCUUAGGCAAAAGAAGAAGGCUUUAUGCGAUGAGUACCGAGAGCAGCUAGAAGCUGCACGGCAAGAGGAAAGGGGAGCUAGAACUGCACACGGUGAUAAAAAAAAUGAUUUAAAUAGUGUGCAAUCAAUGAUCGGAAGAAUGAACAGAGCAAAUUCAAUUCAAGAAAUUGAUGACAUGAUUGCAAUGAAGGAAAAGAUUAUAGCACAUGAAUCUAUUUCUUUGAAAGAAGAGAAACGUCUUCUUCAAGAUAUCAAAGAACUAAAAGCUCAAAAAAAGCAGUUGUAUUCCAAUAUGGGCUCAAAAGCAGAAAUGGGUGAAGUAUUCCAACAGAAAGAGCAUAUUCAUGAGCAGCAUAAGAUUCUGAAGAAAGACUCCGAUGUACUCCUGACUAAUUUGAAGUCCCUGGAGGAUAAAACAAGAGUGAUCAAGAAAGCUUUUGAUGAUGAAAGAGAUGCUCUUAGAAAAUUAACUCAAGAGCACCAAGCUGCUCACGAAGUACGUCAAAAAGCCUAUGACGAGUGGGUUGAGCUGAAAAAGGAACCAGCAAAGAAGAACAGGUUCUUUUUCAUGUACAGGAAGGAUAGUGCAGAUGCACAAAAGUAUCGAGCCAAUAAGGACUUGACGGGACUAUUGUCAUUUUGCAAUAAUCAGGUAGAAAGUUUCAUGGAGUUGUGGAAUAAGGAUGAUGAUUUUCGUAGGCAGUAUGUUGAAUCAAACAAGAUUAGCACGCUGCGGAGAUUAGGGACCUCGGAUGGAAGAAAACUUGGCCCUGAUGAGGUUCCUCCAGAAAUUCCAAGAUAUUCCAAUAGAAUGCAGAGCAAUCCAUCUCUCCUCCCUGUCCCAAGCACACAUGUAUCCACUUCAGCUUCAGAAGCAAUGCCCGCAAAGCCUGCUUCAGCCAUAACAAGUGUAGAAGAAAAAACAUUUCCAGUCUUGCAAGGUUCCAAGAACAGCAAGCCUUCCAAACCUAAAGUUGCUGGUAACUCUUCCAGUAAAGGCACACCUGGAGGUCCAAUGCCUGAAAGAGAAGAUUUGGAAAAAUCUGAAAAUGAAAAAAUGCAUAAGAUGGAAGAAUCUGAAGUGGAAAAAAUUCAUAGAAUGGAAAAGGAGUUGGAGCUGUCAAGGAAGGCAGCGGAAUUGGCUAUCAAGGAGGAGGAAUUUAGACAGGAGAAAGCUGCAGCUGAAAAAGAACGUCUCCGGCUGGAGCAAAAGGCAAAAGCUAAGGAAGCUGAAGAGAGGAAGAGGCGGAAAGCAGAAAAGGCCCUGGAAAGAGCUGAGUUCAGAGCAAGGAAGGAAGCAGAGCUAAUGGAAAAGAAGAAAGCAAAAAAGGAUAAAACAAGAGGGUCAACAUCUGUAGCCUCGGUAAAUGGUAGUGGUGAGGGCACUGCAGAAGCUAUAGUGCCUAAUGAUCCUGAUUCUAGCACCACAGAGAACAGUCGAGGAGGAGAUUUUUCGCAACAUAAAGCUAUGAAGAAGAAGACCUCUAGACCAUCUGUUGUACUCAAGCAGCUCAAUAAGAUGGAUCCCAUGCCAUUGCCACUGCGUAACAAGGGCAGAAGGAAAAUGCGGCAAUACAUUAUGGUGGCUGUGGCAGCAGUGGUCUCAGUGCUUGCAUUGGUUGUGGCAAACAAAUAUGUACCCUCCAAUUUUAGGGCUUCAUCGUCCUAAAUUGGGUGAGGGUAACAUGAUGAGCACUCUUUUUGCAAUUAGUUGAUGUGUGGAGUAUAUUGACAUAUAGCAGUGGGUGAUUCAUUCGAGUGAUACCCACCCGGAUCUUACUACAUAGGACUGCUUGCUUGAUUGGAUGCUUGGUGUCAGCAUAAGUAUUUAUUCUCUUAUAGAUUUCAUACUGGAAGAGCAUCAUAUUUACCUACAUUAUGGAUGUUUGGUGGAAUAUUCGUUAUUAUUAUAGUACAAGUACAAUAAUGAUAAAAAAAAUGUAUUACAGAUAUGUCUUAUAAUGACCUUAUGCAAUUAUCAUUUAUUCUUGGAAGAAAAA